AUGUCCGAAUUAUCGACUAAUCAUACUAAUAUUGAAACUAGUUUAUUUAAUACAAUAUCAAAUGAACAUACACUUUUUGCUGGAACACUUCGAGAUUGGUGUGAUCCAUUAUUACAAGGACAACAACGUAUACAAGUUCCAUUAUGUCCACGUUGUGUUACAUGUAAAUGUGAAUCAUUAAAAGAUUUUCCUGAUUCAUUAAAUAAUAGAAAUCAUCGACAACAUCAUGAUCCAUCUUGUCCUAAAUAUCAUCAACAUAAACGAAUUAAAACAACAAGUCGACGACGUCCAUUUAAUAAACCAAAACGUCGUGCAAAUUCAUAUGAUUCAUCAAUAAUAUUAGAUAAUCAAAAAAGAUCAUUAAUAAAACAAGACAAUGAACAUUCGCUAUCACAUAUAUCAACACAUCAACAUAUUGAACGAAAACAAUCAAUAUCAAGAAUUCCAGUAAGAAUAUCAUCAUCGACAACAACAACAACAACAACAACGUCAUCAUCAAAUGUUACAACUACAACAACAAGCGAAUAUUCUCCAGCAUCAUCAAUAAAUAGUAAUCGAUCAUUGAAUAUGAAUACAAAAAUUCCUCGACCAAUAUCAAAUCAAAAUUCAUCACAUACUACAUUUUUUACUUAUACAAAUAAAAAUUUAUCAACAAGUGAUGAAGAUUCACAUGAUUAUGAUCAUGAUAGUUUGCAGGACGAUACCUGUCAAACGCAAUUGACAAUGUCUAAUAAUGAAUUUUACAAUAAGGACAUAUCAUCGAAAAAGAAAAAGAAGAAUAUUAUGAUGUUAUACUGUACUACAAAUGGUACAAAUCAAUUAGAUAAUGUAGAUGAACAAACGAAGAAGAAGAAAAAGAUGUCAUCAUCGUCAUCAAAGACACAUAAUCAUAGUGAAUCAUCAUCAGACAAACGCCAACGAAAAUUUUGGCAUAAAGAAGGUCGUCAUUCAAAAUCAAAAGCAACAGGAACCUUAUCAUCACCUAUUAACGAUUUGUCAUCGACAAUUUCUUCUUCUUCAUCAUCAUCAUCAACAACAUCUUCAUAUUCAAAUAAUUGUUCAUCAUCAAUUGAAUUAAAAAAAAAAUCUCGUCCAUAUAGAUUAGCUUCACCUUCCCGAAUAGCAACAACAACAACAACUGCACCACAAUAUCCUUCGUUAUCAGAUGACUCAUUAUCUGAAAAAAGCGAACAAUUAUUUCAAAAUCAAUAUUUAAAUUCAAUAUAUGAACCUAAAAAAGAUUCAUCUUCUCAUCUAGAAACUCUUUCAGGAUCAUCAGCAAUUAAAUCACCAUCAGUCUAUUUAAUUGAAUUAAAAAAUUCCAAUCGUCCAAUAAAUUCAUUUGGUUUAACAAAAACAAUAACAUAUGUUUGGAAAAGUAGUUAUUCUAAAAAAUUCGAUAAUGAUUUAAAUCAUUAUCCAAAAUAUUCUGUUGAACAAGUACCACCUAUUAUUGAUCAUAAUAAACGUUUAAUACCAAUAUCAUCACGUCAUAUUAUGUUACAACGUAGUAAAAUUGAUUAUUGGCAAAAUAUGGAAACAACAACAGAUUCCAUAUUAGCAUCAUCAUGUCAAAAUCAUAUUGGUUCAGCAACAAAUUUACUGAUACCAACAUUAGAUAAUCAAACAAAUGAUAUAACACAAACAACAAAUUCAAAUGGACAUAUUAUAUCAAUAACAACAACUCAACAUCGUCAACCAUCUUUAUUAAAUCAAUGUCAAAAUACACAAUGGAACAUUGAAGGUGAUGGUAAACAAUUAAGGUAUUCAAAUCUUAAAUGGUAUAGUGCUGAUCAAUUACAAAAAGAUAAUCGUCUUAUAACAAAACAACGAACACAACAACAACAACAACAACAAACAUCAGAUAGUACAACGGAUACAGGAUCGUCAAGUGAACAACAUAAUCGAUCAGCACCACCAAUUCUUCAACGUACAACUAAUACACAUUUACAUGAAGGUAUGAAGAAAAAAAAAGAUUAA